AUGUCUUCGAGGGCAUCCCUCACUGUUCGCAGCUUUCGGGCCCGCGCGUGCGACAAUUGUCGUCUUCGCAAGAUCAAAUGUGACAAAACAAGUCCCUGCUCGAGCUGUGGCACCUUGGGAAUCCCCUGCAGGCCAGUCGGCGAACCUUUGACGGCAUCCGAGUCUCCUCGCAGCAAUAACCCCAACGACUAUGAGUCGCGUUUCUCUGCAUUACAGGAACAAUUGGCCACGAUCCAGAAGACACUUGAGCACAUGACACCUUCUUCCAGCGCGUCUGACUCAGUCAGGCCGGUGUCCGAACCGAUUUCGACAGGGCCAACUAUACCCCCUUUUGAAGGGCACUCAUCGUUCCAUCAUGAGACUCUUGUAGCUAGGGAUGCUGCUUACUUUGCUGCAGACAGCUCUCAGAAUGUACAAUUAGGCGACUACGUGUCAGCGGCACUUGCGUCUCUCAAAACCAGCCUCGACAGGCACCGCUCAUCAACGACACAUGGAGAGACACAUCCGAAUGCUCAGCGAAAAGAGCAGUUACUUCCCGUCGAACUGGUCGUCGCUGUGGUAAAGAAAGUCAAAGCUCAACUUCCAUUCGGUUUGGUCAGUCAGUCCUGGAUAAACGCAUCUCGCAUAGAGUCCUUGUGUCACUCUAUAUACUUUCCAAUCGACCCAGCCCCUGCUGGAACGCUCACACUUUUCUACGGCCUUUUUUUCUACAUCAUACGCGACUACCUACAUGCUCAAGAACCCGACCUUGUGCGUUAUGACUUGUCAGCCGCUCUGGAACUUUGCGAGAAACAACUUGCCGCAGGUCUCACCAGCCCAGCGAUCAUGAUUGAUCCAACAUUAGAGAAGAUACAGGCACUGUUGAUUGGGGUGACGAAAUCACAAGAGGAGUUUGAUAUCCAGCGUUGUUGGACAUAUCUAUCAUUGGCUUUCAACAUGUGUCAAACCUUGGGAUUGCACAGACGUACAGCAUUAAGAAACGACUCAGUACCUCUUGCGGAGGCUAAGCGCCAUGUCUUCUGGGCAUUAUACACGAUUGACAAGAAUAUUUCUCUGAAUAUUGGUGUGACAUCUCACUUUCAAGACCACGACAUAGAUGCAGACCUAUUUUCACCAUCAGAAGAUCCUAAACAACGCCCGUGGGAUCUGAUGAGCAUCGUUCGUAUGGAGUUUGCUGCUAUUCAGGGAAGAGUCUAUGAUGAAUUGUACUCAACAUCUGCUUGUCGGGCUAGCGAUGGGCAGAGAGCCGCAGCGAUAGAGAAACUGUCCUCAGAUCUAGAGGCAGUCAGAGACAAACUGUUAACGAUCGACGUAAGAUCGGCUCUUUAUGCUGACUCCUUGCACGGCAUUGCGGCCUGUGCUGACUUCAUCGCCUAUUCGGUGUUGACGGUGAUAUAUCGGGCACAGACUCGUCCAGGAGACGCCAUGGCAAUCUCAUCUCGAUGCUAUGAGGUUGCUACGUUAGCACUUCAAAGUCACCUCAAGUGCUUCACCUACUUCCGUGGUCGGCAAACCCACAAACAAACCGAAUACGUAAAUUGGAUCUUGCUUUACCCGUCCUUUACACCUUUUGUCAUUGUGUUCACCCAUGCUAUUACCACCGCAAGCGCUAUCGACCUAGCUCUUCUGCAAGACACCGUGAGCUCCUUAGAUUUGAUCAAGGGACUUUCGCGGGGCUCGAUGCAUCUCUAUACAGUCUGUGAAGCAUUUGUCAAGGCUGCUCAAGUUCUUGUCAAAUCGCGGCAAACCUUGACCGGAAUCGAACGUCAUCAGGAUGGGUCUCUCGUUAUGCCCGCCGCAGACGGGGCUGCCAACAUCGCCUUCCCUGAUGUCUCAUGGCCAGAAAACACCUUCGAUUCUCUAGUGAAUCAGACGGACAUUUCCAUGUUCUUAAAUGAUUUCAUCGGGGCUAACAGAUCGGUGAUGGAUAUUUUGAGUUCAGAUUACAUGAGCUAA